AUGCCGAACCUGUCACUCCACACGUCUCGUCGGGUCCAGACUCUGAAAGACAGCGACUAUGAUCAUGAAAUAGGCCUCGUCGACCAGGAAUCACCACCGACGACUCGCUCCAGGAGCAACACGGCCUUUACAAGCAACACGGCCCUUACAGUCGACGAGGACCAAUCUUCCUCCCAGCACGUGCGGAGCGCCGAGGGGAGAGCAGAGCCCACACGACAGACAGCACAGCGCUGCGACGACCGGGCGAUCAUCUCUCGACAACCGACAAGGAGCCGACGACACACAGGCAGACCGAGGACAAGAUGGAAGUCCCAUCGGCGCUCGGGACACGGCGCAAACGGGUCCAUCAAUCGAGGUCCUACGCCCCUCGAACCCCCGACACGAGCGGCCAAUGGCGACACGGCGCGACCAAAGUCCAAGCAGCGCAAAGAGCCCGAAUCCGAGAUUGAUAUCCUGUGGGAGAAUGAGAGGGGCUGCUUCGUCUGCGGCGCGGCUCUCUUCUCGGGUGCUGCCCUCGGCAACCUUGAUCCGUCGCCCUGGACGAACCAGUUCAAGAAGACGAGCCCGACCAGCAUCAGGACGGCGACGGUCCCUGAUCCGAGCUGGGAAUGGGCGUGGCCUGAAUGGCGCAUCAACCGCGAAGAGGGCGUGGCCAUGGACGAAUUCGGGUGGGAGUAUUCGUUCAUGUUUGCCAGAAAGUUCUCGUGGCAUGGCCCCAAGUGGUGGAACUCGUUCGUCAGGAGGCGGGCCUGGAUCCGGAAACGCGUCAAGAAGUGCAGCGACGACCUGGUCUCGGAUCCUCACAUGCUCAACACGGACUACUUCAACGUCAUGCCCGCAGAGCACCAUCGGCCCCAUUCGUCGCACGGGGGCAGCCGGCAGGGGAGCAGGGCGAGCACGCAUAGUAAGGCGAGUAUCCACAGCAAGGGCAGCAUCGGCCGGUUCUCCACCACCGAGAGCGUUCUGGACGAGAAGCCUGUGAUCGAGGACGUGUGGAUGCUGAUGAUGGUGCUCCCCGCGGCGCGCAUCGACCGAGAGAAAAUCGAGGCGGUGGACAACUAUCUCGAGCACGCCAAGGACGACCUCGAGCGGCUCCAGGACGAGAUGCACGACAUUAUGGGCAUAUUCGUCUUCCAGGUGUCGAGGCGGAUCUUGCUGAGCCGCCUGACUCAGGUGUAUGACGAGAUGAACAAUGUCGAUAAGGGAGAUGCGGCGUUCAAGACGAGACGGAAUAACCUGGGCGCCGCCAUCAAGCACGCGGACGAGGAGGUCAGGCGAUUAUCAUACUGGAGCGACGUGAAAGGCGUGGCAGAGAACGGCGAAUCGAGGGGCGCCGUCGAGGGCAAGGAGGGAUGGAGCGAGGCCUGGGAGGGCGUGGACCAGAGCGGCCCGGCACAACCCAAUGUGGGCAAGCUCCCAUGA